AUGAGGAAUCACGAUGUCAACCUCACCAGAAAGCGCAUCGCUGUGGCUGGUGCCAUAACCCCUGCCGACAAGCUCACGGCCGUUGUUGGUAAGGGCACGUACUUAAUAGGCAUGGUGGGCGGCAUGACCAAGUCGAGUGGGAGGCGCCUUCGGACCGGGGUCGAAGCCAAUUUCAUCCUCGUCGAUGGCCUAGUCGACCCCACGAGCGUCAUGGCUCGCAUCUACCCGGAGUUCCUGCCGCAGGUGCUUAAGCAGUGCUAG